UUUACUCUUAGAAGCUAACUGAAAACAAAAUGGCCGAGAGCGGACAUAUGACAAACAAAAUGAAACAUGCCACUGUUGUUAUGGGGGAUAAAUCAGACCACAACGAAAAACAAACACUUUUGGCUGUUCUGCAGUUUCUUCGGGAACAUAAUCUGCAGGAAACAGAGGCUAUUCUGAAGAAAGAGGCUAAGCUUAGCGAAGAAGACAUACAGACAGAAAAAUCACAGCCUUCUUCUGUUGUCUCUCAUGCACUGGCUGCCUACAAAAGUACAGAUGACCCUAGCAUAUACGAGGAUGUAUAUACUGAUUUAAAACAGUUCAUUGAGUCCUGCCUGGAUGUUCACCGGGUGGAGCUGAAUACCAUCCUGUAUCCAGUAUUUGUCCAUAUGUAUCUGGAGCUGAUCUAUAAUAGGCAUGAGUGGCAUGCUGGUCAGUUCUUUGAGAAAUUUUACCAGGAUCAUGAAGAUUACCGACAAGCAGACCUUGCCCGACUUGGGGCAGUUAAACGUCGUGAGCACAUGGAAAACAAUGCCAUGCUUCAAGAAUUCAAAACUAGUCAGUUUGUUAUCCACAUGUCCCGAGACUCGUAUACCCACUUGAAGCGGCAUCUGCAGGGGAGACAUUUGAUCUUGCUGACUAAUCUUAUUCAUGAACAUCUGUUCAUCCAUGUGUUUGAUGGUAUUCCACGCACACAGGAACAGAUUCUGGCUACUUCGGGAGCUCUGCAGGGAGAGGCAGAAAAAGAGGCAAACAAAGCAAAAGUGUAUUACGGCUUGCUGAAGGAGCCGGACCUCAACAUUCCACUGGAGGAAGAGGAGGAGGGGGGUGAGGGAGAUGGUGGAGACCCAGCCAACAAGUCAAAGAAAAGGAAAGCAAAGAAAGAUGCUUUGUUGAUGAAGAAAGCCAAGAAUGAUCCCAACGCUCCACCACAGACCAGAAUACCACUGCCAGAGCUACGAGACCAAGACAAGAUAGAAAAGAUUAAUAUUUAUCGAGAGGCCAUGAAGCGUGUAAAACUAAGUGCAGACAAUCUCCCAUCUAUUUGCCUCUAUACCCUCCUUAAUUCCAGCCAGGGUGUGUCAGGCAUAGACUUUACAGAUGAUUCCAGUAUGGUGGCUGCAGGUUUUGAAGAUGGAAACAUUCGAGUCUGGACUUUGACACCAAACAAACUGCGCUGUAUGAAGCCAUCAUCAGAACUAGAGUACAUUGACAAGGAGGCAGAUGAUGUUCUGGAACGCAUGAUGGACGACAGGACAGGAACAGACACCAAGAUGCUGACAGGUCACUCUGGAGUUGUCUUUGCUGUCUCCUUCAGUCCUGACAGGACCAGCCUCCUGUCAGCAUCAGAAGAUGGAACAAUUCGUCUCUGGAAUCUCCACACUUGGAGCACCAUUGUUUGCUACAAAGGACACAUGUUUCCUGUCUGUGAUGUUAAAUUUGCGCCUUGUGGUCACUAUUUUGUUUCUGGAGGCAAAGAUCGGACUGCUAGACUUUGGUCCACAGAUCACUACCAGCCACUGCGAAUGUUUGUUGGACAUCUUUGCGAUGUGGAGUGUGUGCUGUUCCAUCCUAACUGCAACUAUGUAGCAACUGGGUCUAGCGACCGCACUGUACGACUGUGGGAUGUGCUGAAUGGCAGCUGUGUUCGUAUCAUGACUGGACACAAGGAAUCUGUUCAUUGUUUGACCUUUUCCCCUGAUGGGCGGUAUCUGGCAUCAGGAGGUGCAGAUCAGACAGUGAUACUGUGGGACUUGUCUAAUGGUACCGCUGUUGCUCAUCUGAGAGGUCACACAUCAACUGUCUACAGCCUUUGUUUCAGUCGUGAAGGCAGCAUACUUGCUUCUGGUGGCAUAGAUGACUCAGUGAGACUGUGGGAUGCUGCUAAAGUGCUAGAGGAACAAGACACGGACAAUGACACGAAUGUCCCCAGCACCUUGCAUGUAAACACAAGCCCUGACUUGCUGCUUGGUACAUACUUCACAAAGUCUACACCAGUGCUGGGUCUACACUUUACCAGGCGGAAUCUUCUGCUUGUUUCUGGGCCCUUCUUGCCAUCCUGAUGGGCCAUUGCAUUGCAGCAGCAUACCUUUCCCAUCGUACAGCUUUUUCAAAGCCCAGAAGUUCUGCCGAUGGCUGUUAGUCUCACCUUGGGAUCAGUCAAGUGUGUAGGUGGAACUGCAGUGUUAGCACAAUGUUAUGACAGUGUUGAGACACAAUAUAGCCAUUCAUUUAUGGUUAUGCUUCUCACAGAAAUCACCUGGGUUGGAAUGAAAAUAUGCUUCUCUAAGUUACUCAAUGGACCAUACUCCCUAUUUAAAGUGUUCUGAACUUUGACUCCUAGCCACAAUGCCCAAGAGGUGUGACAGCAUAAUGUGCAAGGAAAGAAGUUAGUCUGUUAUUGUCCAGUGACUUGCACGCUGAAUAUUCUCAGCCCACAUUGUACAGUCAUUCACAUGCAUUUUACAGGUAAGGAUAUUGCCUUUGACAGGACUGUUUACUUCACGUCUGUGAGAGUAGAUAAGAACUCAAACCCAGACGUUCUUUGCCAUGUGAUUUAGAUGAACCAAGGUGCUGGCCAUAGCCUUGGGACACAUAGUUGUUAAGGCAUUUUUGGCAUUGUGAUUAUUAAAAGAAUUAUGUUGUUAUUUACUUCAAAAUGCAUAUGAAGCUGUAAGAAUGUUUCUUGUGCCAGUUUAUUACAGACUGAAAGCUGUCAUUUACUGUAACAAGUUUAUUACUGACUGAAUCUGUCCUUUGCUGUAACAGAAGUUUUGCAGGACAGGAUAAAACUGAUUUGGAUGAGAUGGGGAAUGACUGAGCAAUAAGAAACCAUAAAAUGUUAUCCAUUUCCACCGCAUCCAAAACAAGAGCUGUCCAUCAUAUUGUAGUUCAAAGAAUUAUACAUCUCUCCAUUGCUGAGAUCAUGUGUCAAUGCCAUCACAUAUUUCCUUUUUUUCCAAAAAUAACAGUCACAAAAAAAUUGCUUAUCAAAUUUGAAAUUACUUGCCAUAUCAUGAAAAUGCAAGAGAAGAUUUUUAUCAUGUGUAAACAUA